AAACUCUUUCAGAAACCCCGAGAAGCAGUAUCGGAAAAAAUGCUGCUCCGGUCGAAUCGCACCGUCGAGCAGCUCCGCAGAAUCUCCACUUCAUCGGUUUCUGCGUAUCUCACUUCUCCUUCCUCUUCACAACGUUGCAAUGGUGUUCGAAGCUACCUACCACACAGAGUAGUAGCGACGGAGAGUGCUUUCUCUGUUCAUAUUUCUCGAUUCUAUUACUCUGUUUGCGUGAAUCCGCGAAAUGAGAAUCAAUACACGACAACAUCAUCACCGGUUUCUUCACGGAGGUUGAUUAGCGUCAGAAAUAUGUCACGGCGGAGGAAGACCGGAAAAAGAUCGCCGGCGACGGAUGCGGCGUAUUCUUCUGCUGUUGAUUUGGCGCUGGACUCGGUGGUGAAGAUCUUCACCGUUUCCACGAGCCCUAGUUACUUCCUUCCUUGGCAGAAUAAGUCUCAACGAGAAUCCAUGGGCUCUGGAUUUGUAAUAUCGGGAAGAAGGAUUAUAACCAACGCGCACGUGGUGGCUGAUCACUCCUUCGUGCUUGUGAGAAAGCACGGAUCGCCUAUAAAGCACAGAGCAAAAGUUCAAGCGGUUGGCCAUGAAUGUGAUUUGGCGAUUUUGGAAAUCGACAGUGAAGUGUUUUGGGAAGGGAUGAAUCCGUUGGAGCUAGGAGACAUACCUCUUCUUCAGGGAGAAGUGUUUGUAGUUGGAUAUCCUCAAGGUGGUGACAACAUAUCUAUUACAAAAGGUGUUGUGUCUCGAGUUGAACUCACGCAGUAUGUUCACGGAGCCGCGCAGCUAAUGGCUAUACAAAUAGACGCAGCGAUUAACCCCGGAAAUAGCGGUGGCCCGGCAAUCAUGGGAAACAAAGUAGCCGGCGUAGCGUUUCAAAACCUUUCAGGUGCUGAGAACAUGGGCUAUAUAAUCCCAACACCUGUGAUUAAUCAUUUCAUAACUGGUGUUGAAGAAAGCAGUAAAUACAUCGGUUUUUGCUCGAUGGGUGUAUCAUGUCAGUCUAUGGAGAAUGCUCAAAUCCGGAGUAUAUUCCAGAUGAGUUCAGAGAUGACUGGUGUUCUUAUAAGCAAGAUCAACCCUUUAUCGGAUGCUCAUAGAAUUUUGAAGAAAGAUGAUGUUAUUCUCGCGUUUGAUGGUGUUCCUAUAGCAAAUGAUGGAACAGUUCAUUUUCGGAGAAAGGAGCGGAUAACUUUCGAUCAUUUAGUUUCUAUGAAGAAACCAGAUGAAACAGCUUUGGUUAAAGUCUUGAGAGAAGGAAAAGAACAUGAGUUAGAAAUGACUCUAAGACCUCUGCAACCUCUGGUUCCAGUGCAUCAGUUCGACCAGCUUCCAAGUUAUUACAUAUUUGCAGGCUUUGUAUUCGUACCUCUCACUCAACCUUACCUUCAUGAAUAUGGAGAAGAUUGGUAUAACAUUUCUCCCCGCAGAUUAUGCGAGCGUGCAUUAAGAGAUUUACCCAAAAAAGCAGGUCAAGAAGUUGUCAUUGUCUCUCAGGUGUUAAUGGAUGAUAGCAACACAGGAUACGAGCGUCUUGCAGAGUUGCAAGUGAUGAAAGUGAAUGGAGUGGAAGUUGAUAAUCUAAGACAUUUAUGUCAGCUCAUAGAGAACUGCAACACAGAGAAUCUGAGAAUUGACUUGGACGAUGGGAGAGUGCUCGGCUUGCACUACCAAUCCGCAAGAGUUGCCACUUCUUUGAUCUUAAAACGACACAGAAUAGCGUCUGCAAUGUCAAACGAUUUGCUGAUGGAACAGAAUCCAGAAACUGAGUUGGCUUCUUGUUCUUCCGCGAAUCGGAGAAAGAAGGUUUUUGUGAUGUCGUCGCCGUGGGAGAUGCAACUAGUGGAAACGGCUAAAGAGGAACUUGAGAUUCUUCAGUGUCAAUAUCCCAACCGCUUCGCCUACCUCAAAUCCGACCUUCAAUCUUUCAUUUCCGACCUCCGUGAAGAUCACGCGCCGCCGUGUGCCUCCUCCUCUCCCCUCAUCCUCACUCAAGAGUCAUCAAAUUGUCCGAAUAAGCAGAAACACAAGAAGAGAAAGUACACCGUAGACAAAUUUGGAGACCAAGAACCGUCAUCAACAGUAAAGAUCCACAAGAACAACAACAAGAUGGUUAAGAGAGUGGUUAAAAAGAGGAAAACUAGAGUUGAACUGGUUCUUGAAAGGGCUCAACUUUGUCUCCAGAAGAUUAGAGACGUGAAAGCCUCUUUGUGUUAACCUUUUUUUACAACUUUUUCUUCUUCUUGUUUGGGUUGAACUGUAAGAAAAAUAGUACGGACCAAGUAAAAUGUUUUGUAAGUGAUGGACUUUGAAUCCUCCUCGAAACUAGGUCUAGUAGUUCAAAAAAAUAUACAACAGUCUCUUCUUUUCUCUCCAUGAGAAAGAAAAUUUCCAUUUUUGAGUCUCCAAAUUUCCUUAUUUUUAUUUUUCUUG